AUGCAUCCCCGGCUUAUAAUACUCAUCCGCCACGGUCAAUCUGAAGCUAAUGUCGACAUAACCAUCCACCGCACUGUCCCUGACCACGAAAUUAAUCUCACAGAGCUCGGCGUUCAGCAAGCGACUCAAGCUGGUCAAAAAUUACUUGAGCUGCUGAAGCCCGAUGAUAAUGUGCAUUUUUAUAUCAGUCCGUAUUCGAGAGCUAGACAGACUUUUAAGCAUAUGGCUAAAGCGUUAGAUAGAAAUCGAUGGAGGUGCUAUGAAGAGCCGAGGCUAAGAGAACAAGAUUGGGGUAAUUUCCAGUUUCCUCCUGAAGAAAUGCAAAGAAUUAGAAAAGAACGGGAAGCUUACGGUCAUUUUUUCUAUCGUAUACCGCAUGGUGAGAGUGGUGCAGAUGUCUAUGACAGAAUAUCUACUUUCCAAGAGACUCUUCACCGCGCCUUUGCCGAACCCGAUUUUCCCUCGGUUCUCGUCAUAGUAAGCCAUGGUCUCCUUGUUCGCCUAUUCGCGAUGCGAUGGUAUCACUGGUCAGUUGAAUAUUUCGAAUCACUUGAAAACCUGCACCCAUGUGAAUUUGUCAUUAUGGAGAAAGCUCAGGAAUCGAACAAAUAUAGAAUGCUGACUGAAUUUAGAUGUUGGCGAGAAACAUCACAUGACGAAGAAGAAGCGACAACGAAAAUUUAUGAAACUUGUUUCAUGGAAGGUUGUGAAGUGACAAAUGAAAAUGGUGUCACUAUGAAACAUAAAACAAGAACAGCCAAACCGGAAGAGGAUUUAAUGUAG